AUGGAUUUCUUAAACUCAUCUGAUCAAAACUUGACUUCAGAAGAACUGUUAAAUAGAAUGCCAUCCAAAAUUCUCGUGUCCCUCACUCUCUCCGGGUUGGCACUAAUGACAACGACCAUCAACUCUCUUGUGAUUGCUGCAAUUAUUGUGACCAAGAAGUUGCACCACCCAGCCAACUAUUUAAUUUGCUCCCUUGCAGUCACCGAUUUCCUGGUAGCCGUCCUAGUGAUGCCCUUCAGCAUUGUGUAUAUUGUGAGAGAGAGCUGGAUUAUGGGACAAGUGGUCUGUGACAUUUGGUUGAGUGUUGACAUUACCUGCUGUACAUGCUCCAUCUUGCAUCUCUCUGCUAUAGCUUUGGAUCGGUAUCGGGCAAUCACAGAUGCUGUCGAGUAUGCCAGGAAAAGGACUCCCAAACAUGCUGGCAUUAUGAUUACAGUAGUUUGGGUUAUAUCUAUUUUUAUCUCUAUGCCUCCUCUAUUCUGGAGGCAUCAAGGAACUAGCCGAGAUGAUGAGUGCAUCAUCAAACAUGACCACAUUGUUUCCACUAUUUACUCAACAUUUGGGGCUUUCUACAUCCCACUAGCAUUGAUUCUAAUCCUCUACUACAAAAUAUAUAGAGCAGCAAAGACAUUAUACCACAAGAGACAAGCAAGUAAGAUUGCAAAAGAGGAACUGAAUGGCCAAAUUCUCUUGGACAGCAGUGAGAAAGGCACAAAACUGGCCUCCACUCCCUACAUUCUAGAAAAGUCUUUAUCUGAUCCGUCGACAGACUUUGAUAAAAUUUACAGCACAGUGAAAAGCCCUAGGUCUGAAUUCAAGCAUGAGAAAUCUUGGAGAAGGCAAAAGAUCUCAGGCACAAGGGAACGCAAAGCAGCCACUACACUGGGAUUAAUCUUGGGUGCAUUUGUAAUAUGUUGGCUUCCUUUUUUUGUAAAAGAAUUGGUUGUUAAUGUCUGUGAAAAAUGUAAAAUUUCUGAAGAAAUGUCAAAUUUUUUGACAUGGCUUGGGUAUCUCAAUUCCCUUAUAAAUCCACUGAUUUAUACAAUCUUUAAUGAAGACUUCAAGAAAGCAUUUCAAAAACUUGUGCGAUGUCGAUGUUAG